ACUUCCGGUCAGGUGACCGGCUGUUUGAAGCUGUUGCGGGCAGGGCGAGCCCUGCGUCAUGGCCGCCCCCGCGCGGCGGCGCCCCCCGGCGGAGACACAGAAGCUGCUGACCCCCGUGAUUAGCUAUGGGACCCAGGAUGGGGGGGCCGGGCCAGGCACAGGCUCUACCUCCCCCCUUCCUGAGGAGGAGGAAUUGCGCAGACGCCUCAAGUACUUCUUCAUGAGCCCCUGCGACAAGUACCGCGCCAAAGGCCGCAAGCCCUUUAAGCUGGUGUUGCAGAUCAUCAAGAUCAUCAUUGUCACCAUCCAGCUCAUCCUUUUCGGCCUCAGCAACCAGAUGGUGGUGACCUUCAAGGAGGAGAACACUAUGGCCUUCAAGCACCUCUUCCUGAAGGACUAUGUGGAUGGGGUGGAGGACACUUAUGCUGUCUACACACAGCAGGACCUGUACGAGCACAUGUUCUACGCUGUGGAGAAGUACCUGUCCCUUCCCAAUGAGACGAUUGGGCGCUAUGCCUAUGUGCGCGGGGACCACAUCAGGAACCAGUCAGCCCUCUUGCUGUGUCAACAGUACUACCACAAAGGGCACAUCGAUCCAGCCAAUGACACCUUCAGCAUUGACCCCAAGAUCAUCACGGACUGCCAGGGUGUAGACCCCAUGGAGAGAAUCCCUUGGCCCCCGGAGUCGGAGGAGACUGAGCUGGAGCCAGAGCCAGAGCCACUGCUCUCAGAGCCCGACCACAGCUACAGGAACUUCACCCUCAAGUUUCACAAGCUCAUCAACGUUACCAUCCAGUUCAAGCUGAAGGCCAUCAACAUCCAGACCAUCAUCAACAAUGAGAUCCCAGACUGCUACACCUUUACUAUCACUAUCACAUUCGACAACAAGGCACACAGUGGCAGGGUGAAGAUCAGCCUGGACAACAAAGCCGAUAUCAAGGAGUGCAAGGACCCCAGUGUCUAUGGCCGAGGAGACAACACCUUCCGACUACUCUUCGAUGUGGUCGUCGUCAUCAUCUGCACCCUGUCCUUUGCGCUGUGUGCCCGCUCCAUUGUGCGCGGUCUGAUACUGCAGAGUGAGUUUGGCCGGUUCUUUGAGCGGCGCUAUGGCCAAGUUGUGAGCCUCUCAGACCGUAUGGAGUUCCUCAAUGGCUGGUACAUCCUGCUGGUAGUCAGCGAUGUCCUCACUGUGUCAGGAACCAUCAUGAAGAUCAGGAUUGAGUCCAAGAACCUGGCUAGCUACGACAUCUGCAGCAUCCUCCUGGGCACCUCCACACUGCUGGUCUGGGUUGGUGUCAUCCGUUACCUCACCUUCUUUCAGAAGUACAAUAUCCUCAUUGUGACACUGCGGGUGGCAUUGCCCAACGUCAUCCGCUUCUGCUGCUGUGUGGCCGUCAUCUACUUGGGCUACUGCUUCUGUGGCUGGAUCGUGCUGGGACCCUAUCAUGUCAAGUUCCGCUCCCUCUCCAUGGUGUCUGAGUGCCUCUUCUCCCUCAUCAAUGGGGACGACAUGUUCGUGACCUUUGCGGAGAUGCAGCAGAACAGCUAUCUGGUGUGGCUCUUCAGUCAGCUCUACCUGUACACUUUCAUCAGCCUCUUCAUCUACAUGGUGCUCAGCCUCUUCAUCGCUCUCAUCACCGGUUCUUAUGAGACCAUCAAGCACCAGUGUGAGGGCAGCAUGCCCGUCACACAGCUUCACGCCUACAUUGCCGAGUGCAAGGACAGCCCCAAGUCUGGCAAGUUCCGCCGAGAGAGCACCUCUUCCUGCUCUGUCUUCUGCUGCUGUGAGGGGGCCCCACUGGAAGAGAAUGCACUGCUGGUGAACUGAGCCUCGCUGCCGUGGGAGACUCGCGCACCCCAUGGAGCUGCACUGCUGGGGACCUGUGCCAGUGUAGGGGCCUGUCUGGACGGCCUGGUCUGGGGAUGGAGCUGCCCCGCUGCCACCCAGGCCCCUCUUCCCGUGCCCGAUAGCCAUUCCUCCUGCUGGAUACCAGUGACCCAUGGCAAGAGUGGGCUAGGCUGACCCUGAGUGGUGUGUGCCCCUUACAGAGGCGAGGCCAGCCUCUUUCUGCAGAGUGAACCCUGGACCUAUGGGCCUUGCAGUGGGAGCUGCCAUGGCUUUGGAGCACCCGCUAGUUCUGUGUGACUGGUUCUCACCAGGCUGCAUGGUCCUUGGGGCAGAAUGGAGGGGAGAGGCUGAGGGCCCCACUCAGGCCAGCUGAGGACAGAGCUUGGCAGGGAGGCUAGUGUGUCCCCAGCACUGGAAACAGCAUCCACCCCCACCCCUUACUGCUGAGAGAGAGCUCCCCCCGCGACCCGAGCCAGGGGCCUGCUGAGAGUGGGUCACUGGGUGCUUGGCCAUGCCCAUAUCCCACUUUGGGUGCCCCAUAGCUCCUGUCCUCAGAGACUUCUUGCCUUAGCAGUACCUACAGGACAUGCAGCUCCCCUGUCCCUGCUCUGUGGGGGCUGUGGGGCAGCACAUGGCCUGCUCCUCAGUUGCUUGCCCUCCUCUCUCCUUUCCUGCCCCUGUUCCUUCUGGUCCAGAGAGGGAGGAGCCUUGCCCUGCCCUGUGGUAUCAGGAGAUUCCUUCAGGUCCAGAGCUCACUGCAUCUCUGUAGGGGCUGGGGGAACACUGCUGCUCCCCUCAUCUGACCAAUUCUCCUGGGAGGACCUGGGACCAUCUCAGCAGUUGUGUUCUGGGCAUGUCCCCUUCGUGCUGUUGCUGGCUUCUCCUCACAUAGAUUUCAUAGACGUUAGGGCUGGAAGGGAUCUCGAAGAUCAUCAAGUCCAGCCCCCUGCCGCAGGGGCAGGAAGUCAGCUGGGGUCAAAGGAUCCCAGCGAGAUAAGCAUCCAAACGCUUCUUGAAUGAGUCCUGAGUAGGUGCCUGCACCACCUCUGGAGGGAGUCUAUUCCAGUUCUUGGGGGCUCGGACAGUAAAGAAAUUUUUCCUUAUGUCCAGCCUAAAAUGGUCUUGGAGGAGUUUAUGACCAUUGGUCCUUGUUUUCCCUUGGGGCACUCUGGCGAACAGGCGCUCUCCCAGAUCCUGAUGUACACCCCUUAUAUACUUAUAAGCAGCCACCAGGUGCCCCCUGAGCCUGCACUUUUCCAGGCUGAAAAGCCCCAUGGCUCAGCCUCUCUUCAUAAGGCCUAUUCUUUUGUUCUUUGAUCAUGCGUGUGGUUCUCUUCUGGACUCUCUCAAGCUUCUCAACAUCCUUGAAUUGUGGAGCCCAGAAUUGGAUGCAGUACUCCAGCUGUGGCCUCACCAAGGCUGAGUAUGGUAGGAGGAUGACAUCCUGAGAUUUACUUGAGAAGCAUCUGUGGACGCAAGCCAAAGUAUUGUUUGCUUUGCCAGCUGCGACAUCGCGUUGGUGGCUUAUGUUCAUCUUGUGGUCAAUCAUGACCCCCAAGUCUCUUUCAGCCGUGGUGCUAGCAAGCGUAGCACUGCUAAACCUAUAAGCAUGCUGCCGUUUUUUUCUCCCAAGGUGGAGUACCUUACAUUUAUCUAUAUUGAAUAUCAUCAAGUUUGUAUCCGCCUACUUACUAAGUUUAUCCAGGUCAGCCUGGAUCACUAGCCUGUCUUUUGGUGUGGACACUAUGCCCCAAAGUUUAGUGUCAUCAGUGAACAUAGCCAGUGUGCUUCUGACACCAAUGUCCACAUUGUUGAUAAAGACGUUAAAGAGAACCAGUCCAAGGACAGAGCCUUGGGGAAUGCCACUGGUCACGGAGCACCAUGAUGAUUCGCUACCAUCGACCACUACUCUCUAGGUCCGACCUCGGAGCCAAUUACCCAGCCAUUGGACUGUGGUGAAGCCAAGGUCACAGUUGGUUAAUUUUUCCAUGAGGAGGUCAUGGGACACGAGAUCAAAAGCUUUUUUAAAGUCCAGAUAUAUGAUGUCAAUCUCUUCUCCCUUGUCCGGAUGAUAUGUCACCUGGUCAUAGAAGGAGAUGAGAUUGGUCAGGCAAGACCUACCCACGACAAACCUGUGCUGGCUGUCCCCCAGGAUGUUGCCUUCAGCCAGCUUAUCCAGAAGGGUCUCCUUGAUAAUUUUCUCCGGAAUCUUACCGGGGAUUGAGGUCAAGCUGAUUGGCCUGUAAUUCCCGGGAUCAACUUUCUGCCCUUUCUUGAAGAUGGGUACCACAUUAGCCUUCUUCCAGUCUUCAGGUACUUCACCUGAGGGCCACGAAUUUUCAAAUAUUUUUGCCAAUGGUUGGGGUAUGACACCUGCCAACUCCUUGAGUACUCUAGGGUGUAAUAUGUCCGGGCCAGCUAACUUGAAGGUGUCUAGCCUCUUGAAGUGAUCCUUUACUAAAUCAACACCGAUGCUGGGUAUAAAUAUGCCUUCACCUCACAUAUCAAUUCUCUUCCCUGCAGCUGUGCUGGCACUGCCUGGGAUACUGAGCAGUGUCGUCCCCUGCAUUUGGACAGGCUGGGUUCAUGUUGAAGCUUAUUCCAGGUAUGGUUUGCCUGAGCAGGUCCUGCACAGAGUGAGGGCCUGGCUCAGUCCCUUCUGCUGCCUCUGGGGUUUGAAAAGCUUCAGAGGCCUUAAAAAGCCCCCUUGCUUUUCCUUGCUUCUGCUGGGACCUUGAGAUGUAUGGCAGCGUUGAAGCACACUUCCCCUGGCAGCUGCAGGGUCUUGCAAGGGGUUGGCAGAUGCCUGUUCAGUUGGACCCAGUGAGUCGUGUCUGCUCGAGGCUUCUGCCACCACAUCCAGAGCCCCCUGGGUGCCAUACCUCUGGUACCCAGGUGAGCCCUGCCCCUGAACGGACAAGCAGGGAAGGCUUCUAAAGUCCUUGGUCCUGCAGCCUGGCCACAAAGUCCCACUUUGAGACUCUGCCCCCCACCCCUUCUGUGUCCUCUUGGGCACCUUGGCACUUUAAUGUUUCUUGAAUCAGGUGAGUUUAGAGAUUGCUGCUGUGACCAGCCACAGUUCUAGGCAUGCUCCCAGACUGGCUCUGGAAAGGUAUGCUUGGAAAGGGGCACUGCCAGUGGCAGAGCCCACACUUGUCCAGUUUUGGGGGUCCCUGCUCCCCUCCCUAUGGGUCUGUUUAGAUCCCACCAGGGGCUGGCUCCCCUGGGUUGCACAGCUGCAGGGCCCUGUUUUCUUCUUUAGCAUUGCCCCAUUUCCCUGCCCUGGGAUGCAGUCUUGGUUGCCCUCUGCUUCCCCCAUCCUCACUCCCACCAUGUCUGGUGGCAGCGUCCCCCCGCUCCUCUCACCGGGUCACCACUACAGGCCUUCCCUCUCCCCUGUGGCUGCCUCUUCUCUGCAUUGGGGUUCCCAGAACAACCCCCAGCUUUCUCUCACCUGGCUGAAACCAGACCCAGGGGCAGGCAUUUGAGGCUGGACAAACUCAGACUAGAAAGGCGCAAACUCUGCAGUGAGGUUUGUUGACUGGGGCCCAGUUCUUCAGCAGCAUUGAACCAGUUGUAGGGGGCCAGAUGAGAUGGCUCCUCCUGCCUUGGUACACUGAUGCAGGGAGGAGGUAGUGUCCUGGGGGUGGGAUGUGAGGGUGCCCUGGCUUCCAGCUCCUGUUCCCAAGGCGGUUUCUUUCUCCUGCCCUAAUGUGGGACACAGCAUCCCCAGUGUUCUGCCUGGGCAGCUCCAUCAGGAAGGGCUGCAGCCUCAAGCAGGUUUCCCUUCUAGCCACCUCUGCCAUAGUGGGGGUAUGGGGCUCCUCUGGGCUUGCCAACACCUUGUAGAGCUCUGCCCUUUCCUGGAAGCUUUGCUGGAUGAUGUGAGUUCAGGCCUGGCUGCCACAGCCUCACACUGCAGGCAUGGGGAGGUGCCUUUUUGUAGGUGGUGCACCGCCACGCUCAGGCGGUGCAUGUGCACCUACGUGCACCCCUACACAUCGCCCCUGUGGCAAGUAGAGUCACACAAGGAGCAAUGGGUCACAAACUGACAGAGCAGAUUUGGGCUAGAUAUCAGGAAAAAUUCAUUCACAGUAAGGGUGGCCAAAAUUUGGACUGGGCUCCCAAGGGAGGUGGUGCUCUUUCCCACCUUGGGGGUCUUUAAGAGAAGGCUGGAUAGGCACCUGGCUGGGGGCAUCUGGCCCAGCUCUCUUUCCUGCCCAGGCAGGAAAGAGGACUUGACGAUCUGUUGAGGUGUCUUCCGACCGUAGCAUCUAUGAAUCUCAAUGGUGGGGCAUGACUGAAGUAGGGCAGGACUCUCAACUGCUGGUGGUUGAUGGGAGAGGAGGUUAAACCAGUGGUUCUCAACCUUUUCAGACUUGAAUCACCCUUCCUUAGCCUCAAGCAGGGGCAACGUGUAGGGGGCGCAUGGGUGCACAUGUACCCCCUGAGUGUGGCAGUGCACCUCCUACAAAAUGGCGCUGCUGACAGUGUUGGCGGUGCCUGCAGGUGGUUGCCUCUCACCACCACAUUGCUGACACUGCUGGUGGCAUCUGCAGGCGGUCCGCGAUUGCCGCUGGCCCUGGUUGGUGCAUGCCACCCCUCCCCCCCCCCACAGUGCCGGUGAUGUCUGUGGGAGCUCCACGCUUACCGCCACUGUGCUCCCGUUGCUGUUGUGCCCCCCCACGCGCUGUUAAUAGCUCCAAGGCCCACUUGGAAAAUGCCAACUCUUUAGUUUGUACUUCAUUUUUUUACCUACAGAAAAACACUAGAGCAAUUUUGUGGCAAGCAACUCAGACAGGCACAGCGGGCCAGAAGGUUUUUAAUGCUCCAGAUUCCUCUUUGAGAUCCCUGGGUUUAUCUUAACAUGUAACGGUGCUCACACUGCGUGGCACCCUGCACCACCCUUGAAAGGUUCUCAGGGUUCCCUGGCUGAGAAUCACUGCCUUAAACCAAAAUCCCCCUUGCAGUGCUACUCUUCACUGAAGGAGGGGCCCGUGGCUGGGCCAUGCCCAGGGUGCACAAGGCCAGGUGGUGGGGGCUGGGACUGUUUACUUGCCGGGGGGGGGGGGAAACGGGGACCCUGGCACUGGGGCUGUUUACUUUGCUUUGGAUGGGCUGCGUCUUCCAGGCGCCAGGCAGGGCAAGUCAAGGGCAUGUUUUGUAACAAGCAGCUGUUCCCUCUGGGGAGCAGGAACAGCUCUGCAUUGUUGCAUAGCGUUCCCUUCUCUCCAUCCCCCCCACCUCUGGGAACAGCUUUGCCUGCCCUCUGUCUUUGCCAAGCUGGGGAGGGUAUCUCUAUCCCUUGCCUCAGGGCCCUUUGUAGCUCCAGGGAUGCUCUGCCCUCUGACAGCAGGGCUCCCAUGCCAAACUCCCUCUCUGCAGCCAAAUCAUGGCUUGGCUGCUGCUCUGCACUCUGCUCAGCAGCCCCCUAACCUUGUGAGACAGACCCAGAAUCUCCUCACCACGUGCCCAGGACUGCCACAAUGAUGUUCCUGUGCCAGCCCCAUGGGCCCCCCCAGCACUGCCCAUGGUCGCUGUCCCAAGCAUGGCUGUGCUCAGCUCUUCUCUGGCAAGGCCACACGAGGCUAACAGUGAGGGCUUGCACACAGUGUCUGUUGGUCCUCCCUGCUCUCACCUUCCCUGCCUCUGUCCCACUGGGCUUGGCAGCGAGGCAUCAUCCUGGGGCAUCAUCCGUGCAAGUCUCACAGCACUCGAAACAUUCCCUUUAAUGCAGCCUGGCUCUCAGUUAGUGGAGAAAAGGCUGGAAGCAUCCGUCCAAAAAAGCUCAGCCAGCAGCGGGACAGAGAGACCCCUCCCCACAGCAGCCCCUGCUCAGAGGUGGGGAAGGCUGUACCAGAGUGAGUCCGACUUGAACGGGACUGAGCCCAUCAUGACACAUCCAGCAUGGCUGCUUCCGUCAGCUCUUUGGUGCCUAUUGCCUCUCACUUCACAACCACCUGCCUCUGUGGGGGCCUGGACCAGACAGCAGAAGCAAGCUCCCCCACAGCGUGGCCAUGACUCCCAGGCUCUGGCACCUGUUGAUGCGACACAAGCCCCACCUCCCCGCCACUUGACAUGCCCUGUGGUGCCUCCUGCUGCCAUCACCUGUGGCUGUGGUCCUGUUAAGACUGGACUGCUGCACAGUCCCUCUGGGCGGGGUAACACUAAUACUGUAUGGCCUAUGUGUGUAAUACUGAUGUCUUUUUAAUAUGCGGAUGAUAACUGGAACCAGUAAAUGUGUCAUGCUUUCCUGGA